GUAAGGGAUAUAUGUUUACAGUUUAUAUUUUAAAUUUGGUAGACAACGUUGUUAAAAUUGUACAUCGUUCUCGGACAUUAAAAAUAAUAUAAACAGUCAAAAAAAAAAAAUUUGGAUUGAAUACUAGCAAAAGAGGACAAUGUCAAAUAGCAAGUUCAUAGAAGAAUUGAUUAAGGCCCACAACGAGUAUAGGGCUAAACACCAGGCUUCGCCAUUGAAGCAUGCUCAAGAUUUGUCUGAUUACGCCCAAAACUGGGCCAAUCACCUGAUUGCAACAAACUCCUUUGAGCACAGCAAUUGUGACCUCAAUGGUCAAAGAUUGGGAGAAAAUAUCGCCUCAAAGUGGUCUUCCGGCCCUACUGAUUAUACGGGGCAGGAGCCAACGGACUCGUGGUACUCUGAAAUCGCGAAGUAUGACUUCAACGAGGCGAGUUUUAAACAUGGUACAGGCCAUUUCACACAAGUUGUUUGGAAAGGAAGCCAGGAAAUCGGGGCGGCAAGAGCCACAGAUGGUAAAGGAAAAUGGAUUGCAGUAGCCAGCUAUAGGCCAGCCGGAAACAUGAUGGGGGAUUUUGCCAGGAAUGUUCUGCCACCUAAGGACGGCAAGAUAAUUAUUCCAGCGAAGAAAGUUCCAGAGAUGACUGACAACGCUCGCAAUACUCAACAUCAUGGUGGAGGUGAAGGAAGACAAACCAAAUCCUACACCAGAACUAAAGAUGGUGUAACCACAACCUACGUGGAAGAGACUAUCGUUAAUCCUGAUGGAUCACGUACCACCAAGACCCACACGACAACCACAAACUCGAGCCGUUAAAAGGUUUCUACAAUUUGAUUAAAAACUGCACUUUGUGUGAUUAUGCUGUUUUCAACUGCGUGUAUAUUGUGAAAUUAUUUGAAACCAAAGUGAUAAUGCUUAAUAAGCACUCUUAUAUUCAUUACCCGUUGAACCAUUAAAACACUCAAUCAACUGCAGGUUUUAUAUAAAGUUACUUUAAACCAUGCCCGCUUAGUACUCUCAAGGUCAUAACUGUCGGUUUGCAAUUAUGCAUACAUAUUUUAUUUAAACUUUAAGCGUAUUUAACAUAACAUUUUAAAUCUUAAUAGAAAAAUUUAUUUAUACCGUAAACUCGUUUAUUCGCAUUACCAGUCAACCUCAAAUAUCUAUUGUGUAUGAUUUUAAAAUAUAUCCUAUUUACAACAUAAUACCAUGCUGUAAGUUUUACUUAAUGGAAUAAAUUAAUAAAAUAACUUAUGCCAAAGAAUAAAAAAUGAAUAUGCAUGUAUAAUAUAGUUUCCAUUUGCUACUCUUGUUUUUCAGAAUUGAUUUUCAGAAAUUAUGAUUGGUCGGAUAUCAGUUUACUUGCAAUAAUACGCAUUACAAAGAAAAAUAAAAUUAUGUACUAAUACACAUAUUAAAGCACUUUUUAUUAACAUAAUUUGGA